UGUAUUUUGUACGUCAGUCGUCAAAUAAAAUAAUAAUCACGCGUUCAAAAUUCGCAUUUAUUAUUCAAGGUUUGAAAUAUAAUUAUAAAAUGUAAAAUUCAGCAGUUUUGUGAGUUAAUUUGUUUCACAUACACCCCCGAAAACUACUUAUUCUGCCUACCUAAAAAUGGCAAGGUCGACAAAAGAUGACCCAAGAUUUACCAAUAGUGCAUGGAAUUAUCACGUUGAUGCCGGGGAAAAAUGUGGAUAUAGCGAAAUUACUGAACCACCACUAACUCAAAAUACCAAUGUUAUGAAUAACAGCUUAUAUACAAAUGUAAAUUUCGGUAACGAAGUAUACAAUCAAUACAAUAUGCAACCUGCAGUCGAUAGCGCGCCAAAUGUGGAAGAAAAACCUUCAUUUAAUCCAAAUUCCAACGUUAAUCUUGUUCAACCACAGAAUUACGGAAACGCAAUGUUGAAUUUAGGGAACGGACAAUUAGUGAGGGUAAUUUAUGACGAAAAUAAUCAACAGUUAAUAUUUCCAAUGUCCGGUCAGUACGAACUAUUUAGCAGUAAUCAUGCACCUUGCGAGGUUCCAUUGCACCAACCUCAGCCUGCGCACAUGUUUACACUGAAUCAAAACUGUACUGUGAAUAAUAACAGUCAAUCAACAACUGCAACUAUUCAAAAUACGACAUUUAGCCAUGAAGGAAAAAAUCAAGCACCAACAUCUAACUUCUUAAAAGAAGUGCUUGGUAAUUGGGAGCCAAACUCUAGUGGCACCUAUUCACCAUUUGGUCAAAAUUAUCCUUUGAACCACCCUGAUUCCCCAAUGAAUGUGUUACCUAAUUCUCACAAAAGUGAAAACAUAUCUCAUUAUGCGCAAGAUUGUCUUAAAAGAAACGAGAACAGUCCUUUAGCCGAAACAAGCACCAAGAAACGAAUAGUGGCUGAAGUAAAACCAAUGCGUCCAAGCUAUUCAGAUGUAUUGAGUAAAAAUUCAAAAAAUACACAACCAGAUGUAACAAAAAAGGUAAAAUCACCAAACAGUAUGGAGCCAAAACUUUGUAACAAAACUUCUAAAUCUGAAAAAAUUUCAACUAUGAAAAUUAUUGGUGAUGAAAACAAGUAUAAAAUAGAAAAAAAAAAGUUAAGCAAUACUAUUUCAUCAGGUAGUGACUCGGGAGAUUUUAUAACAGAUGAUAAUGAGAAGUAUCAAAAAUGUAACAAGAAAUCUAAAAGUAAACGAAACAACAUGUCCCGAAAGUGGUCUUCUCUUGAUGACAUUACAAAUGAAGAUGAAAACAAUGGGCAUCAAGAAAAAGAAAGUCAAUUUGUAUUUAUAAAAAACCAGACAGAAAAAUCUUUUAAAAAAGUGAAAAAAACUGAAAAAGUAAAAAGUUUUGAUGAAAUCAUAGAAGACAUAAAACAUGAUGAUGAGAUGAAUUCACAAUUUGUUCUGCAAGACAACCAAAAUGAUCCAAAAAUAAAGAAGAAAAAGGAGAGGAGCUAUCAUAAGGCAACAAAACUGCCAUUAGAUAAGAAGAAACCGACUCAGCCCAAAGUGCGAAGGAAUAAACCAGGUUAUUUAGGUCUAGCUCAAAACUACUUGCAGCACUGGGGAGGAGCUUCUUGGAAGGCACUUGUAUGGUUUCUAUAUCUGCUGUCAGAUGUCUGCCGUAUGAGUUGUCAUCUUAUAUUUGAUGUGUGUACAUCUGUCUUCACACAGUGCUAUGUGAGCUCACAGGCAGUAUGGCGCAGUUGCAAGGAUUGGCUGAACAAGUUGGGUGACAACAAAUAUAUAACAUAUAUUGACAGGAAAUUUGGACAUUCACGUUUUGCCUUUUGGAGAAAGAUGAAAUGGUUUAAGAAAGAAAAGGAUGCAGAGAGUGACAAUGAAUCUAACAAGUUAUGUAGUAAUAUACAGCUGCCGGCGACUGGAGAAGAAGCUAUGAAAAGAUUACUUGCAUGUCAGGGCAAAGAUCCGUACAGUAUUUUAGGUGUAAGCGAGACAUGCUCAGAUGAAGAAAUAAAACGUUACUACCGGCGGCAGGCUUUCCUCGUACACCCAGAUAAAAACCAGCAACCUGGCGCAGAGGAGGCUUUCAAAAUAUUACAGCACGCUUUCGACCUGAUUGGUGAACCGGAGCGCCGAGAGCAGUACGAGAGGAAGGCCCAGGAAUCGCGGCACGUGGAGGCCGCGUGGAGCGAGUUCAGUGACCUGAUCGCUCAACUGCACGACAAAAUGGAGUUUGCCUCGAACACCAUCAGAUGCACGAACUGCGGACGUCGCCACAAGCGCGUGGCGACGGAGCGACCUUGCUACGCGGCGCGGUACUGCGCGCAGUGCAAGAUACGGCACUCUGCUAAAGAGGGCGACAUAUGGGCUGAGUCCAGUAUGUGGGGUCUGGUGGUGAUGUACUACGCGUGUAUGGACGGAGCGGUCUACCAGAUCACGCAGUGGGCCAGCUGCCAGAAGAAGAAUUUGAAGCAACUCCGUCCCGACUGUCACAUAGUGCAGUACCGCAUCGUGCUCGGAAAUAAGGCCGCUCCCGAUCUCAACAAGCAACAACCUGGGCAUGAUCCAAACCUCGAAGAGUUUCUAAACAACCUCUACAGCAAGACAGGAGUGAUUCCAAACCCUGGCAACCCUAAACAAUCGCCCACAGAUAAUGCAGACUCGAAAAAGCGACGCAACAAGAAGCCCAAAGCCUGAAGACAUUGAGUACCGCGCUUAAUACUACUGUUGUUUAAAAAUAAAUGUAUCUGUGACCGAUUUGCGUUUAAAUGUUCUUAGUGCUAAAGUAUUAAAUAUUUACACCGCUAGUUCCAAAUUAUAUUUUUAUUGUUUAGUGUGUGCAGAGUUAUUGAUAGCAUUAACAAUCAUUUUUUUAAACUGCUAUAGAUAGUUGUUUUUAUGACAAUGUUCAUAAAAUAUUUUAAUUUUCAUUGAUAAUGCAGAGAAUAUCGAUAUUCUACAAAAAAUAUAUUCUUUCCUUUAAAUCUACAUGUUAUAGUCAAAAGGGAAUGUAGAAUCUAAAAAGUUCCUUUCAAUAACAUAAUAUGUAGCUAUAGUUGAAAAACAUACUUUAUAUAUUAUAGUAGGUAAACAUUAAUAUAUUAAAUAUGAUUAAUUUAGAUCAAUCGUGCUGUACAUCAAUUUAAUUAUCUAUAGAUAUUUAACAUAUAGAUAAUUUAUCGAUGACUCUAGCCCACACUAGGACAUUAAUAUCAAACACCAGCCAGUAUCAAUGAAUUUAAUAAGAUACUAUUUAAUGUAUAACUUUAUUUCUAACUUUAACUAGUUUUCAUGUAUAAAAUAUUAUACCAAUAUUAAUUUUAUUAAUAAUGUUCAUCACAAUUUUACACUAACUAUUUUUUUUGUGUUAAGGUAAUAUUCAAGUUUGUAAUUUUCUUUUUUCUAACGUUAAAGUGCAUCACUAUGUUACUACACAUUUCAUUAUUUGCCGAUGCAAAUAUAUUUUAAUAUAGUAUUUGCUCGAAUUAUGAAAAAUCUAAAAAAGUCUUGUGUAUUCAUUUUAUACCUAACAAAAAGAGAGAGUAGUAAUGCCGAUGUUGCAGUGCUCUCGCUCUAACUUUUACGUUCAUAGAACGGAAUGAUGCAGCGUUCAACUUUUGUUUAUUGACUAUUUCUUUUUUAAUUCCUAAUAAAACUAAUGUUUUUUGCCUUGUGCCAAGUGCAUUGGCGAGUAAUAUAACUAGCCACUGAAUAUAAUGAAAUAAUGUAUGCAUUCAUAAAGAAAUUAAUAUGAUGUUAUAAUAAUUUAUAAAUAUCGUAUUCAAAUGCAUAUUUUGAUUAUUAUCUACGCACUCCGGUCGAAUAGAUAUAAUAAGUGAAAGUAUGUUUUGUCAGACAUAUUUGGACAUGACCCUAACUCCUGAUUUAAUUGAUCUAUAUUUUGGAGGGCCAGUGCUAGGGUUUGGCAGAAAUAUUCCACUAGCAAUUCUAAUGGGAUACAACCUUAUCAUAGAAAUUAUAAGUAACUUAGCAAAGAAUUGUUAUUAAAAAGAUCAUACCUACUCAGGAACAUGCAAUGCUAUACAUCCCAAGGAUUGGACAUUUAUAAGUUCCAAUUCCAAAAAGUUAUGAUCAUCUUAAUCGGAUUGCGCUCAGAAUUUUGACCGAAACUUUUAAGGCAUAUUGUUCAGUUUGCUCUAUGGACUUAGGGUUGUCACUGCCUAAUACAUAUCAGUUUUUGAAGAGUUCACUGUAUAUUAUUGAGUUGGAAAGUCUUUAGUGCGCAAGAAACAAGGACCGUACUUCUGUCAAUGGGUCCGCUUCUUGACUGGCUGUAUUAUAAGUUAAGAUUGUUUGUGUUUUAUUGUCAAUAAUUACAUGAAAUCGCACUCACUGCCUUCACAGAGAUUAUUGUUCAAUAACGUGAGAUUUAUUGCGUAGAACUCGCGCUUUAUGAUUCAAUAAAUAUUUCAAACUA